GCCAGUGCGCGCGCGUGCGGAACUUGCCAGCAUUUUCUUUGCUGCGCGACGCGCCUCGCGCCAAAUCCAGCUCACACAAUUGGCUGAGAGGAAGAGGGGGAACGCACGCGCAAGAGAGAGAGAGAAAGACAGAGAGAGGGGGAACGCACGCGCAAGAGAGAGAGAGAGAGAGAGUUUGGUCUCUUUCCGUCGGACGCAGCAGGUUUAUUAGCUCUCCCUCCGCGCGCCUGGAGUCGGAUUUACGCAGGAAAAAGGAGUUUGGAGGACGAGUAGGAUGCUGAGUAUCGUUCUUCCUCGCCCAUGCUCUCCGCUCUGCUCUCCAUGACCUGAGAGCGCCACCACUGAGGGAGGAACCGAACACCAGAGAAAGAGAGGAAGAGGAGGGCAGAAGGCCAGGGAAGGAAGAGAAGAAGAAGAAGAAAGACGCCCUUUUUGUUGUUGUUGUCAUUGUGUUUCCUUUCCGAGAUGGCGGCGACUGAAGCCAGUGCGGCGCCGGUGGUCCAGGAGGACGGGAAGACUCCGGAAACCAAGCCGGCGGAGGCGGAAGAACCGGCUAACUCAGAGACGGUUCACAGCGAGGUCGUUGAGAAGGACGGCGCCGCCGUCAACAGUGAUGGCGCCGCCAUCAACAGCGACGCCUCAGAAAACAAAGAGACUGUGAGCAACGACACCGCUGCGGCACCAGGAGGCGCCGAGGAGGGAGCCGCGGCGAAUGAGGAGGCCACUCCUCCCCAAAGCUCGGAGAGCGCCGCCUCUGCCGAGCCCAAGACCUCCUUCCUGGACUCCUUCCUGAACAAGAGCGGCCUGGGAAAGGUGAUGGGAGGGAGGAAGAAGAAGGAGCACGGCGCCGCCGCAGGAGGAGGUGAGGAGAGCACAGCCGAAGGAGGCGAGAAGGAAGGAGAAAAGGCAGGGGAGGAGGCCGCUGCAGCCGAGGGAGGAGCAGAAGGAGGCGAAGAAGGAGGAGAGGCAGAAAAGCCUGCAGAAAAUGGAGAGAAAGAAGAGGAGAAGAAGGCGGAGAAGAGCAAACCGGCAGAAGCGAAGUCCUCCGUCCGAGACCUCAUCAGGAAGCCGGUGGCCAGAAUCUUCUCCCAUCGCAGCACCGAGAAAAAAGAUGGCGCCGCCGCCGCCACCGCCGAACCUGAGAAGCAAGUCAAGGUUCGGUCCAGGUCCCUGGAUCGUCUAGAAGAUCCCGAAGCACUUAACACCACUGCAGACUCCAACCUGGAGGAGGGAGGAGCGGCCGCAGGAGCAGAGGAGGAGCAGAAACUCUCCACUUCAACCUCCACCAAGCACAUGAAGCGCUGGCACUCCUUCAAGAAGCUCAUGGCCCAGAAAGCCCACAAGAAGAGCAGCGCAGGAGAGGACGGGAAGGAGGAAGGAGCAGACGGAGAAGGAGGCGGCGGAGACUCCUCCACACUAGACUCCAAAGAGUCAGGCCACAAGAGGUGGAAGCUGAAGCGCUCCUGGACCUUCCAGGGUCUGAAGAGAGACUCCUCGGUGGUCGGCAUCAGCGGCAAAGCCAAAGGCUCCGACAAGGACGAGAAGGAGGAGAACGCCGAGGAGGGAGAGGAGGCCAAAGCUGAGGGAGGAGCCGAGGAGGCCAAGACGGAGGGAGGGGAGGAGAAAGCAGAGGGAGGCGAGGAGGAAAAGGCGGCAGCAGCCGGAGGAGGAACGGUGACGCAGCACGCCAACGAGAUCUGGACCUCCUUCAAGAAGAGAGUCAUCCCCAAGAGCAAGCGGGCCAACACAGAGUGCGCCCCCACUGGGGAGGAGGACGCCACUGCAGCCGCCGCCUCAGGUGAGGACGCAGCUGCAGAGGAUGGAAAAGAUGGAAAGUCGGCAAAGGCCAAGCGCUCACAUUUCGGCCGAGCGGUUUCCCUGAAGAACUUCAUCAUGCGGAAGGGCAAAUCCAGCAGCGUGGAUCAGGGCGAAGGCGCCAAAGAGGGAGAGGAGGCCGCAGAGGGAGGCGAAGCGGCCGAGGAGGAGGAGCCAGCUGCUGAUGGCGUCGCUGAAGCAGCCGCAGAGGAGGCCAACGACAAAGACGCGGCUGAGAAGACGCCGGCAGAGGAGAGCGCCACGGAGGCGGCCAAAGAGCCCGAGAAGACGGCGACCGAAGCUCCUGUGACCAACGGGGAGAACGGCUGCACCAACGGCACGGUGGAGGAGAACGCCACGCACAAUCACCAGGAGGAAGAGGAGAAGACGACAGAGAGCAGCCCGAUAAAGAAGAGCAAGGAGGUGGGAGGAGUCAAAGAGGAGGCCAACACCAAGAUCAUCAACGACACAGCUGUGAACAGCGACAAAAAGGCGGGAAACGUGUGAGGCCACACAAAGAGGAUUAGAACUGCCCGGGAUUCGCUGAGCAAGGAGCUCUGAGCCCCGCUCCCCGGUAGAUAUUUGCCAGUGCAGCAGGACCAUGAUGCUCCAGUAUGUAAACUGCCCUGAGGACUGCCGCCUCCCGACCAACACUGCGAUGUCUUCAGCCGUGUGUGUUCCGUGUUUUUAGACUGUUCUAUUGUGUACAUGGAAUAAAAGAGAAAACAACCAUCAGAUAUUAAAGGAAAACAUCUUUUCUUUCUUUGCUGUUUCUCUGUUUGGUUUGGAGGUUUUUUCUUGUUUUUUUUAAAUACAUCUCACUGUUACUGCAGUCUGACGCUGUAAUUAAAACAUAAUAAUGAUGAUGAUGUUUUGUUGGUCCGAGUUUUCACAUGUCCACUAGCAAACUGUCAGGAAAAAAACAUAGUAAAAUAAAGACUAAAACCUAACAACUAAA